GCCGAAAAUAAAUCCGUAACACGAAGCGUGGAAUUCCAAAUGGAAGCGCUAUUUCCUUCCGAAUAGCCGUCUUGGCUAACUAGACUCUUGAAACUGGCGAAUGAUAGCCUAAAGAGGAAGUAACUUUUUGCGAUUACGAAAGCACAUGUUCAUGUUCGGGCUUUACGGGACGCGGCCUGCUGGAUGCUGCAUUGCACAUUGGACGGGAUCAGACAGAUUUGGUGAAAUGGGAUUCGUGACUUGAUCGGAUGCAAGGGCCAGGUCCGGCCGAAUCAGCCACGUGUCUUAAAAGCCGCACACUACUGGCGGAAUGGGAGUUUGGGGGGACGAAGCAUCAGGGACUUGACUUGAAGAAUAUCCAUCUAUACGUGCUCUGGGCGUCGAUGGUUGGAGUCGGAGGACAGCGGUGGACAGUGGUGGAUGGACAGGUCACAGCGGUGCAGCAGCCAGCGGUCGGAACGUCAAAAAAGACGGAGAUUCCAAAAAUGACGGCAUUUUGUUGGCUGCUGACAAGGGCUGACAAGGGCCUGAAGGAAGCCCAGGCGCUGAGAUGCGGCUCCUCGGCAGCCAAGACAAUCAGGAAGCAGAAAAGAAGGCGCCCUGAGGCAAACGCAUUGCUUGUGUGGCCUGCACAGGGACAAUUGGGGGACGCUGGAACAGGGGGGGAAGAUGGGACGAUGGAUCGAUGUGACGCUGCUUUAAGCCGUGUGUUAGGAUUGAUAGACGAAGAGUGCGUAGGAGCAACUUAAAGCACGAGUCAGCGGUCAGCAUCACGACCACGUGACCCGGACCUUGAAAAGCCCGCGACUCCGGCAGAGCGGCGACAGCGCUUCGGCUGUUUUUGGCUAGACGCGCUGCUUUGACACGACUUGGGGGACCAAGACAAGAUUGGAUCUCUGGC